CUCAGAUUGUCAGUAUAUCCUCAAUACUGCUCACCAACAAUGUCAGCCGAAGCAUCAACUUCUCAGCAAGUAGUCGCUCCUCAGGGAAUGGCCCCGGAAAAGUACCAGGCGAUCAACGCUUACCGUGAUAAAGUCAAGGAGCACAGUCGAUUAUCUGAGCAGCUCAAGAAUGUCCGUUUAAACAUCCGGACUCUUGGAAACGACUAUGACAAGACGGAAGACGACAUCAAGGCGCUUCAAAGUGUGGGUCAAAUCAUCGGUGAAGUAUUGAAACAGCUUGACGAUGAACGAUUCAUCGUCAAGGCAUCUUCUGGGCCCCGAUACGUCGUCUCCUACCGACCCACUUUACCCGUCCACAAGCUCAAACCCACCACCCGAGUCUCCCUCGACAUGACAACCCUAACCAUAAUGCGUAUCCUCCCCCGUGAAGUCGACCCUAUGGUUUACAACAUGUCUCUUGAAGAUCCCGGAUCGGCUUCUUUUGCCGGCAUCGGUGGUUUGGGCGAACAAGUGAGAGAGUUGAGAGAGGUUAUCGAGUUGCCUCUGAUGAAUCCCGAAUUGUUCGAGCGAGUGGGUAUCAACCCGCCCAAGGGUGUGUUGCUCUACGGUCCUCCUGGUACAGGAAAGACACUCCUCGCAAGAGCUGUAGCUGCUACUCUGAAUACCAACUUUUUAAAAGUUGUCUCUUCAGCCAUUGUCGACAAGUACAUUGGUGAAUCAGCACGUCUUAUCCGAGAAAUGUUUGCCUAUGCCAGAGAACACGAGCCAUGUGUCAUUUUUAUGGACGAAAUCGAUGCUAUCGGAGGGAGGAGGUUCUCACAAGGAACAAGUGCGGAUCGAGAGAUCCAACGUACCCUUAUGGAACUUCUCAACCAAAUGGACGGUUUUGAAUCUCUUGGUCGCACCAAAAUCAUUAUGGCCACCAAUCGUCCCGACACGCUCGACCCCGCCCUCCUCCGUCCCGGCCGUCUCGAUCGAAAGAUUGAGAUUCCCCUUCCUAACGAGCAAGGUCGGUUGGAGAUUUUGAAAAUUCAUGCGAAAAAGGUGAACAAGAGUGGGGAUAUUGAUUAUGAGGCAAUUGUGAAAUUGAGUGAUGGGUUUAAUGGUGCUGAUUUGAGGAAUGUUUGUACCGAAGCCGGCAUGUUUGCUAUCCGAGAUGAUAGGGAUGCUGUGGUCCAAGAAGACUUUAUGAAGGCUGUCAGGAAACUAAACGAGGCAAAGAAACACGAGACUACUAUGGAUUAUACUGCCAUAUAAGUUGGACCUACGGACAUCCAUAGAAAAUUUUUGGAAAUGUGGAAGGUGACCCAAUGCGUGAUGCAUUCAUACAUGUAAUAUCGACUAUCGACUAUUGAUAUCGAAAACACUGGAGGAUACUGCAACACGAUACUAAGAACGACGGAGAUGAUGGGGUUAGCAAUGUGACCAAUAUGGCCGUAACCAUACAGAAUAAUAAACAUCACUUCCAUUUUACUUAUACCCACACCCCAUCUCCCUUUGCCUGGUACCCUCGGUACGCGUGAUCAAACACUUCUUGAACGCUUCCCACCUCUCCUCCGUCCAUCGCUCUUUGCCUUCUUCUUCCCAGAAUGUUUCUAACGAUUGAUCGAAUUUGGUUCGUCUAGGCACAACGUACCUAACCAUUACCCCGCCCCCGUCUUUACCGCUACCGUUCGAUAGAUGAUAACAAUUCCAAGCGAUACAAAAAUGAAGCCACAUGGGUCGGAUGUAUUGUCUGGGGCCGACACGUCCAGAGACGUCGAGAUCGUAUAUGAUUACGAAUGUGUUCGCGAACGCCAGGCCUUGAUGUUUAGAUGAAACAGGAGGGAUCCGGGGUGAAGGUGAGGGGAAAGAAGAUGAAGAAGGCAGGGAAAAGGGUUGGAAGAGGAGAGAGAGUGUGUGAGGGAAGGGGAUGAUCGGGAUAGGCGCGAAAAGGUCGAAUGACAGAUGAAUUUUUACUUCCAUCACUUUGACCUUUGUUGCUGAUACCGAGUCCAUCGCUGCAGAGCACAGCAUAUCCACUG